AUGAUUCAGCACCCAGACAAGAACUACAUUGACUUUAUCGAGGUAGAGAUCAGGGAUCAACAUGCUUAUUGCUUCCAUGUAGAUAGGGAACCAGAUGGUAAACCAUGGUAUCACGACAUCAAGAAAUUCCUUGCAACCAGAGAAUACCCGGAGAAUGCUACAAAUGGUCAAAAGCAAGCCCUCAGGAGGCUGGCUAACCACUUUUUCCUCAAUAGGGAAAUCAUGUACAAGAGGACCCCAGACAUAGGUUUGUUAAGAUGCGUAGAUGUUGCUGAGGUAGUCGGAUUAUUGGAGGAGAUACAUGGAGGAACGUUUGUAUCCCACAUGAACGAGUUCACUUUUGCCAAGAAGAUAUUGAGAUCUGGAUACUUUUGGAUGACUAUGGAAAGCCACAGUAUCCACUAUGUGCAGAAGUGUCACCAGUGCUAG